CAGGAGCAGAGUUGCGAAAACCACAGUAUAGCCCUGUUGAUUUCCGAGCACUGGGAACACUGCAACUGUUUACAACCGUCUGCAACUGUUGCAAGCCAGUAUAAACAUACAUCAGCAUUAUUAGCUGAUAUUGUGUAUACAAUAGUGGCAACUAUAGUACAGUACAACUUCAAUACAGAAGAGUCUACACAACAAAUAAUAUUCACUCGCGUGAACCUUCCUUAUUUAAUAAUAGUAGCAACUUGUAGUAGCGACUUUCACUGGUAAGCAACUACUGGCAAGUGGCAACAACCAAUCAACAACCGGCACAGCCCGGUGCAACUGACUAGUUUACGCAUUUGAAGUUGCAAGACAUCACAUUGGAACAUAAAUGUGUAUUGAAAGAAAAACCACUUGAUAAUUAUUCUCGUCAAUAUUUCAGCGAAAUAAAAUGUGGAAAACACUUGUUUUCUUAUUUGCUUCCCAGUGCUAUGUUCAGUGGUGUAGAGGUCAGAGAAUUCCUGAGGAAAGUGAUAGGCUAGUGUGGUGUACUGUGAGUGACGAAGAGCAAAGUAAAUGCUUAUUGUUUAAAAGAUCUGUUGAGAGAGACAAAGCUCUGUUUGGAUCAUAUGCAAUGAGCUUGGAUUGCAAGCAGGGUUCUAAUAAAGAUGAUUGCAUGGCAUACUUGGAUAAGGAAGAGGCAGAUGCUACAAGUUUAGAUGCUGGUGAAGUGUUUGUUGGUGGCCGUUAUCACAGUCUUAUACCUUUCAUGCAAGAAGUCUUUCCAGACAAUAGUAACACCUAUUAUGCUGUGGCUGUUAUAAAGAAAAAUGGCAAUAUGUCAAGUGUUAAUUCUUUGCAUGAUAUUCGUGGUAAGAAGGCAUGUUUUGCUGGAGUAGGCACGUUGGCAGGCUGGGUUAUUCCUGUUCACACGUUGAUGAGAGAUGGUGGUAUGGAGAUCAUUGAUUGCAAUAAUCAUGUGAAAUCUGCUAUUAACUACUUUGGACCUAGUUGUGCUGUGAAUGCUCUUGUGGAUAAAUAUAAUCCUAUUGGUGACAAUUCACAUCUCCUGUGCCAGAUCUGUAUUGGACGUAUUCCUGGUGAACGCUGCACACCAAAGGAUCCUUAUGCUGGAUUUGAAGGAGCUUUUCGUUGCCUCAUGGAAAGUGGUGAAAUUGCCUUUUUAAAACACACAACUGUGGAAGAAAUGACAAGGAAGAAUCCACGCUUCCCAAGUGUCACAAAAGCUGACUUUGAGUUGUUGUGCCGUGAUGGUAGACAUGCUUCAGUUGAUGAAUAUCGUAAUUGCAACUGGGGUUCUGUACCAUCCCAUGCUGUUGUUACCUCAUCAGCCAAGACUGUGGAUCAAAGAAGAUUGUACCAAAAAUUCCUUAAGAAAGCUGUGGAACUCUACAAUAAACCUCCUACUUCAUUGUCCAAUAAUCAAACAGAUUUUUAUGGAAACAGCAGUAAUGGCAGUAAUAGAGGCUUUUAUAGUGAUGACAACAAUAAUUACAAUUCAUUUGGAAGAAAUAAUCAAAAUAAUUAUCGUCAGUAUGGAGAUGAAACAAACCACAUUCCAAAUUCGCAAGUGUCUCCUCUUCUGUAUGAAACAUUCAGUUUAUUUGCGUCUGCUCAGUACUUUAAGGAUCGAUAUAAUCUUAUGUUCCAGGAUGCUGCUUCUAAUUUACUUCCUCUUGAAGAAUCACAACAAACCUAUGCUGGCUUCUUAGGCCGAACUUUGGAUCUUGUUCUUGGAGUGCGUCGAUGCCCUGUAAACCGUAUGACACUGUGUGUUACAUCUGAUCCAGAAAUGGAGAAAUGUGUUCGAAUGAGGACUGCUCUGAAAGCGCAACUGUUGAAACCAGAAAUGGUGUGUUACAAAGGCCACAGCCAAAUAAACUGUAUGCAAGCAAUUCGCAGCGGAGUUGCAGAUGUUGCUGUAUUGGAUGCAGGUGAUGUUUACACUGCUGGUUUGCGGUACCAGCUUGUGCCUAUUAUUUCUGAAGUGUACAACCUAGGACAGCCUGAGUACUAUGUUGUGGCUGUGGCUAAAGAGGAUGAUCCUACCACAGAGCUUACUUUUUUGAAAGUUUUAGCAUGUUUUAUUCAAAUCCACCAUACAGUGACCUUAUAUUCCAAGAUGCUACAAGGCGACUACAUGUGAUUGAUCCUUCCCAACGAGAAUACAGUCAAUAUUUGGGUCCUGAUUUCAUGAGAGCAAAACGUAUUGUUGAUUGUCAUGCAGGCUCGAGUCCAUUGUUAGCAUCAGUAUUCAUCAGUAUGUUGGUUGUAACUAUCAAUUUAUUUUUUAGCAGAAUCUCUUAUCAAGUGUGACUUCCCGGCAUUGUGUCAAAUAUAGGUGGAGAGAUGUAAAUAUAAAGUUUAAGGAAGUAAAUUUGUACUGGAUUUUAGUGUUUUAUAAUUGAAUACAAGAUGUAUUAAUCAUUCAGUAAUAGUACUUGUGUGUUUCUGUUCAGAUACUAAGAGUACUGAGGAGCUAAUUUCAGGGAUAUUAUGUGUGGAUAUGCAUUUAUUUUGUUCUUGUGUAUUCUUCAGAUGUUCAUGGAUCUGAAGAAAUAGUGUAGAUCCAUGAAAUCUGUAGAAUUCUUCAUAGAAUACUAGGCUUAAGAUCACAAAUUUCAAUCCAAAUUGCCCUCAGUGGAUGAAACACCUGAAACACUGAUAAGACUUCUAUUUUUAUUUAUCUUAGGGUAAUAUAAGCAUGAUGUAAGGUUAUAAUUGCAGAAAUAUUUUAUUUGAAGGAUUUUUACACAAUUUAUUUAGUAAUCAAAAUAUUAAGUUUGUAUAGUGUGUUAUUUUCUGAGUGUAUUAGUAAAAUGUGCAAAAGAUGGCAUUGAUUAAUUCAGAUUAGCGGUAUUUUGUAUUCACUAAUUUUGUGACGUGUUCAGAGCUUACUGCUAUGCAAAGAAAAUAGAGUAAUAUUGAUUUGACAAAUUGAAAUUGCUUCAAAGUUCAAUUUAAUUAGGUAAUUAAUUUUAUUCAUAAAUGUUUUAAACAGAAUUUGUUUGGUGUUUAAAACAGAAACGGUUUGUACAUAAAUCGUUUUUGUUGUGAGGGAUUUGCAUGAGUUGAAAGGAUUUUAUUUCACAUGUAAAAGACCCCUGGAAAAGAAGGCAAAAUGUUUGUUACUUGUAUUAUUAAGGCCAUAGUAACCCUAAGCAUAGUCAGACAGACACUUUUAGAAAAUUGGAUGUGACAAUGGAACAAUCUUUGCCAGCAACAUUGAAGUUGAUAUUCCAUCCUGUAUUGAAAAGUUUCUAUUAUUCUUAAGUUGUGUGUGAUAAUGUAUUUUUUACUUCUUUCCGUCCAGUUUUAUAAUGUAAAACAAAAAUUUCAUCUUUUUCACAGAUGACUUUUGAUAUAAAUAUAUAAAAAAUGUAGAUUUGUUUUAUACAAUUAAGAGAAAGUAUUUUUAUACAGAAGUGAUGUUACCUGCUAUAGUGUUUAAUGCACAUAUUCUCCGUCCUUUCUAGGUAGCUAAAUCAAGUAUUUAUACAUCAUUGUUUAUAUUUUGAAUGAUACUCUUUGUAUGAAAUUUGUCCUUGGAAAACCAUUAAUUUUCCAACAUUUUUAUUCUUUCUAUGAAAUUGUAUUGUUCACAAUAAACUGUGAAUUUUAAUUUGUUAAAUGAGGCAGUUUUUCAAUUUUAUUGAAAUUAGCAAUCGUUUUAAGGCUCAAUGUUAUUCUACUCAGUGUGAACAAAUGAUAAGUUUUUGGUCAUUGGUGUAAAAUCACAUAGAUUUGAGAUCUUUAAGAAAGAUUUUUAUAAUCAUUACAUAAAAAAUAACUGAAUAGAUAUAUGUUUAUUUCAAUUGCAGUGAAAUCUGUUGAAUCCCAAUUAAACGCUUACCUCUAUUAACAUCAAUUUUUUCAUGAAAUGAAUUGAUUUUCCCAUUGGAACAUUUAAUUAUUCCCUUUUUUAAGUAUAAUGUAACCUGUAUUCAAUGAUAAAAAUUUCUUAAUGAAUUUACAAUUUUCAUAUGUUAUGCUAUAAGAAAAGUAAUACUGGCAGAGUUUACUUCAGAUUCAGUACCUUCCUACAUUGGAAUUAAUCGAUAGAGUAAUAAGGUUUGAUAUCUAGAGUUGCUUUUUACGUAGGUGUUAUUAAUUUCGAUUUAACAUAUCAAUAAAUGAUUUUCAUACAUGCUUUGAGGUUUCCUAUUGGUGUAUAUCAGCUUCAAAUCAGAUGAGAAUCAAAUCCACAAUAGAAGAGAGACCACCAGCCACUAGAAAAGAAAGUAAUGUAAAUGUCUGUAAUUUAAAUGUUUUGUUGCUUAAGUGCCCUGGUGCAAACAUGCUUCCAGUAUUUUGCACAUUUAAAUGUAAUUAAAAAUGUGAUAAGGAAGAAAGCGUACUUCACUUCCUUGGAAACAAAAUUACACUAAUCUAUAAUCUCAUUACCACAAUUUUACCAACAGCAAUUUUUCUUUGCAACCAUCAGUAGCACAGGUUUCACUGGAAUUAACUAAAGUACUCAUUUUAUUUUUGCAUUUUCUUCCUUACAGAAGAUGUCUUAUUAUGUAAUUGAAACUCAUCUUAAUACUGACCAAAGAUUUGUUGCUUUGCUUUCAAACAAUUUUAUGAAUCUUCUGUUGAGUUUUUAAAUUACUUUAAAAAUAAUUGUUGCUACAUUCCAUUUUGAUUCUAAUGAUCAUUUUGUUAAUAAUUGUCAUUUUGUUUCUCUUUUCGAGAUUGAUAUAAUCUGUUAAUAUGUGUUAAUUUGGUAUGUGUGCAAAGUAAUGUGUAGAAUGUAAUUUGUGCACUACCAUGCCAUUCAUGAAACAUUUUGUUUGCAUAUUCCUGGGGCGGCACAUCACUUGUUAGUACUGCGCAACUUGACUUUUACUUUAUCUUGGAAGGAGAGGUAUGGUGAGUGACAUUGUAUAAACACAAGUUUAUAUAAGUGCUAUUUGUUCAUACAAGAGCCUAAGUAGAGAGAGAGGAGGGAUCAGAGAAGUUGGGCUAUUGUGAUCAGUGGCUUCUAUCCUGCUGCCCAGGAAUGCCAUCUCCUCAGGUAGACUUGCAGUUCAUUGCAAAAGAUGGUGUUUUCAUGUCAUAUGUGUAUGUGCCCUCACUGCUGUUAAAAAUGGAGAAAACCCAACCAGCCAAGCUUUUUGCUUAUAUAAUUUCGUGUGUGCAUUUUGGAAGGGAAGGUGCAGCUGGGUGACCACUGAAUGAUGUUCAAAGAGUUAACAGUUAAAAGGAAAGCAUCAGAGGGAAAUUGUUGAGGUAAAAAGUCUUCUUGAACGGGUGGUAUUGUAAUCUUCAAUUUCUGUCUUCUGAUGAAGAAUGUUGUAUGAAAUAGUUGUUAGCAUAUAACUGCUCGUCAAUGUGAGACAUCAAAUGAAAUGCUUCAUAAGGUAUUGUUGAGUGCACCUAAGGUUUGGUGGUAAAGCUAAACCUGUUGAGUGGUAAAAACUACUCCACCACAGCUGAAAUUUUGAUUGAGAGCUGUCCUUCCAUAACUAUUGACUGCUUCUAUUUGUGGGUAGAAGGUUCCCCUAAGUCCCAAAACAUCUGCUCCACGCGCAGAGCGGAUCUGCUGCACCAGAAGCUGUUAUGCACAUGUGCUAUUCACUAAAACUCUCCAAAAUCGUUCACUGAAAGGAAACGUAUAAAUUGGAUCUUAAAGUUGUUUAUUAUGUGCAGAUGCUAUGUUCAUGUUAUGGCAUUGUAGUGGAACUGACUGUUUAUGAUUAAAGAUGUAGCACAUUACUAUUUCAUUGCAAAAUCAAUCAAUCUUUUUUUUUUUUGUGCAUGUCUUAAUACAUCUGAAGUCACGCCGAAAGUUGACAGCUAUUUUUAAGGAGAGAAAUUAAUUGGUUUGAAUUGUAUAACUUUUUGAAAAUUUCAAUGUGAAUGUAUUUCUUCAAUGGGAAUAAAUUGUGAGAUUAUUGUUUCUUCUGUAUUCUUUGCCUCUUAAUUCAAACUUUCAUUUAGAAAAUACGUUAUUUCUAAAUUUGAUGAAUCUAAUGCAUGCCUACAUAUUUCUUGUUAUUUUUUAAAUUAUCAUGUUUAUUUGAAACUGGUGAAAUUUGUAAGGAGAAUUGCAGUAACCUUGAUCCACAGGUGUAAGCUAGUAAUCUAGUUGGGUGAAAUAAAAGUAUUACAAUUCAAUUCUAACAUGUUUAUUGUUACAAUACAAAAAAUAGUAUUAAGCUCUAAACUUCUUAAAUAAUGGAUGUUUCACACCACUGUGUGCAGACUUUCUGUACUCCAAAUACACAGCAUCAUCAGCUCCAGAUAAAGA